GCCCUCGGCCCCGCCGCCGCCCGCCGCCCGCCCGCCUGCCUCCUGCCGCCGCCGCCGCCCGCCGCCCGCUGCCCGCGCCGGGAGCCAUGGAGGGAAUGAGCGCGCUGCUGGCCCGCUGCCCCACGGCCGGCCUGGCCGGCGGCCUGGGGGUCACGGCGUGCGCCGCCGCCGGCGUGCUGCUCUACCGGAUCGCGCGGAGGAUGAAGCCGACGCACACUAUCGUCAACUGCUGGUUCUGCAACCAGGACACGGUGGUGCCCUACGGGAACCGCAACUGCUGGGACUGCCCCCACUGCGAGCAGUACAACGGCUUCCAGGAGGCCAGGGUCGGCAGGCUCUCUGCGGGUCGGGCACUGAGGAGUUCAGGGUCGCCGCCGAGCCUCUCCAGGUGUGCAGCGCGUGUGGCUGUGGCCCAGGAGAGCUUCACUCACAGACACGGGUGGCCAGACCGCUGCCAGAGUUUGCCGACCCCGUGCCAGCCCCUGUCAGGUCCUGAGGAGGGACGGCAGAACGGCGACUACAACAAGCCGAUCCCUGCCCAGUACCUGGAGCACCUGAACCACGUGGUGAGCGGCACGCCCAGCCCCCGCGCCCCUGCACAGCCGCCGCAGUGGGUGAGCAGCCAGGUGCUGCUGUGCCGGCGGUGCAGCCACCACCAGACCACCAAGAUCAAGCAGCUGGCUGCCUUCUCGCCACGCGACGAGGGCAGGUACGACGAGGAGAUCGAGGUGUACCGGCACCACCUGGAGCAGAUGUACAAGCUGUGCCGGCCAUGCCAGGCGGCCGUCGAGCACUACAUCAAACACCAGAACCGCCAGCUGCGCGCCCUGCUGCUCAGCCACCAGUUCAAGCGCCGGGAGGCCGACCAGACCCACACACAGAGCUUCUGCUCGUCUGCGGUGAAGUCCCCGGCCCAGGUCAUUGUGCUGCGCGCCCUCGCCUUCGUGGCCUGCGCCUUCCUGCUGACCACUGCGCUGUACGGCACCGGCAACCCCUUUGCCCCGGGGGCCCCCCUGCCUCCGGCCCUGCUGCCCGGUAGCAAUGGCUCGGCCUCGCCUGACAACGGCACGGCCCCUGGGGCCAAGGGCUGGCGGCAGCUGCUGGGCCUGCUGCCUGAGCACGCAGCAGAAAAGCUGCGCGAGGCCUGGGCCUUCGGGCAGAGCCACCAGACGGGUGUCGUGGCGCUGGGCCUGCUCACCUGCCUGCUGGCCAUGCUGCUGGCCGGCCGCAUCAGGCUCCGGAGGAUCGACGCCUUCUCCACCGGCCUGUGGGCCCUGCUGCUGGGGCUGCACCUGGCGGAGCAGUACCUGCAGUCUGCCUCGCCCAGCUGGCUGGACACGCUCAAGUUCAGCGCCACGUCCCUAUGCUGCCUGGUGGGCUUCACGGCAGCCGUGGCCACGAGGAAGGCGACGGGUCCGCGGAGGUUCCGGCCCCGAAGGUACUUCCUAGGAGACUCUGCCGGCCUCUUCCCUGCUGGCCCCAGCCUGGCCAUCCCCUGCCCGAGCAUCACGGGCCCCUCGCCACCGUCCCUGUUGGUCCCCACCCCGCCCGGCUUCCUGCCACUCACCAACCAGCAGCUGUUCCGCUCUCCCCGCCGGGCCUCGCCCUCCUCACUGCCCGGCCGCCUCAGCCGGGCCCUCUCGCUGGGGACCAUCCCCUCUCUGACGCGGGCAGACUCAGGGUAUCUGUUCAGCGGGAGCCGCCCGCCGUCUCAGGUGUCUCGAUCCGGGGAGGUUCCAGUUUCAGAUUACUUCUCUCUGCUGUCGGGGAGCUGCCCCUCCUCUCCGGUCCCUUCCCCGGCGCCCUCCGUGGCCGGCUCCGUGGCCUCCAGCUCUGGUUCUCUGCGCCACCGCAGGCCCCUCAUCAGCCCGGCCCGGCUCAACCUGAAGGGGCAGAAGCUGCUGCUGUUCCCGUCGCCCCCCGGGGAGGCCCCCAACACCCCCAGCAGCUCGGACGAACACGCGCCCCACAACGGCAGCCUCUUCGCCGUCGAGCCGCCCCCAGUCCCACAGAGGCAGCCGGCGCGGGACGCGAAGCACACCGUGGACAUGAAGUCAGUGCCGGAAAGAGGCAGCACCUGCAGCAGCCACUCCAUCAAGAAAGAGGACGACUCGUCCCAGUCAUCCUCUUGCGUGGUGGACACCACCACCAGAGCGUGUGCAGAGGAGACCACCCCCUGGCGAGGUCGUUUUGGCCCCUCCCUGAUCCGGGGCCUCCUGGCCGUGAGCUUGACUGCCAACGCGCUCUUCACCUCGGCCUACCUGUACCAGAGCCUGCGCUGACCCCCCGGCGCGCGGCCUCCCGGCGCCUGGAGAGCCUCGGAGGGUGCGCCCAGGUGCGUGCGGCGUCCACCACUGCCGGCCUCAGGCCUCCCCGAGGGGCUGCCGCCUCCGCCGUCCUCUCCAGGGCCC